AUGGAUAAAGAGAAGAUACAACUUAAGAGAAUGUUUGGAUAUUGCUGGGGCACAAGUUUUUUAAUCGUUAAUGUAAUUGGGGUAGGAUUUUUUGUGGCCCCCAAAGAGGUACUGAAAUACUCUUGCAUGAAUGUGGGGGUCUCCUUGUGUAUUUGGACUGUUUGUGAGCUGUUGUCCAUGAUGAACACUCUCUGCUCAGCAGAAAUAAGUAUAACCUUCCCACGCAGUGGAGCUCACUACUAUUUUCUCAAAAGAUGUUUCUGCAACUUGAUCUCUUUCCUGAGUCUCUGGACAAGCUUGUUUCUGGUGCCAGGGUUAGCUGCCAGCCAAGCCCUACUCCUUGCCGAGUACAGCAUCGAGACUUUUUAUCCCAGCUGCUCUGCUCCAAAGCUGCCAAAGAAAUGUCUGGCGCUGGCCGUAUUGUGGAUCGUGGGAAUUCUGAAUUCUCGUGGUGUGAAAGAGGUGACUUGGCUUCAGACAGCCAGGCUAGUACUGAAAAUGGUUAUACUCGGCCUUAUUUCCCUGAAUGAAGUCAUGCUGCUGGUGAGAGGAAGGAAGGAGAAUGUAGAAAGAUUCCAGAAUUCUUUUGAUAUUGAGUUUCCAGAAGCUUCUGAGUUUAUAGAAGCCAUUUUCCAAGGAUAUUUUGCAGGUGGGGAAUAUUUUACAUGUAUAGCAGGGGAGCUGAAGAAACCCAGAAAGACAAUCCCAAGAUGCAUAUUUACUGCAUUACCUCUGGUGACUAUCAUUUAUCUGCUGGUUAACAUUUCCUGCCUGACUGUUCUCACACCCAGGGAAAUUCUUUCUUCAGAUGCUGUCGCUAUCACGUGGACUGAUAGAGUAAUCCCCUCAUUAACAUGGGUUAUUCCUUUUAGUAUUUCUGCCUCAAUAUUUAGCAACCUUCUUAAUAAUGUAUUUCAAUCAUCAAGAGUAACAUAUAUGGCUGCCCAAGAGGGCCAACUGCCUUUGCUAUUUAGUAUGCUUAAUAUUUACUCCUCUCCAUUUAUAUCGGUGCUAGUAUUUGUCACUAAGGCAUCAAUUGCCAUUGUCUCAACAAACCUCAUUGACCCAAUAAACUAUCUUUAUUUUGUAGUUUUUAUUUGGUCUUCAUCAUCAAUGAUAGGAAUACUAAAACUGAGAUACCAGGAGCCAAAUUUACCUAGACCUUACAAGGUUUUCAUAUCUAAUUUUAUUUUUUGAAGUUUGCUUUUUUUGGUGUUUUUUUCAUUACCUUUGGUAACAAUGGCCAUCAACCUGUGCUUGGUUUUGGUCCCUUUGGUGAAGUCUCCACAUAUGCAUUAUAUUUAUGCAUGUCUCUUUGUUCUCAGUGGACUUUUGUUUUACAUACCUUUAAUAUAUUUCAAAUUGAGGUUGCUUUGGUUUGAGAAAAUGACAUGCUAUUUACAGUUGCUGUUUAAUGUUUGCAUCCCUGAUGUGGGUGAAGAACAGAUGUCAGAAGUACAAACUUAA